GAUUCUUUUACUAGGGUUACGUGUAGACAUUUGAUCGUUGAUUUGAACCAAUCUUCCAACUUCAUCGCAAAUUUCCCUCUCGGUCGGGCCCGAAUCAAGUCGACAUCGUAAAACGAACUGCAAUUGGCUUCAUCAUUUUCAGUAUUUCUCUCAGUCGGUCACGAAGAACCACUAUUGGCGAUCUUAUUCUCGCAAUCGUUGUCCAUCGAUAAGUUUUGGUGCCCUUCACCAUCGGCAAGUCGAUCGCUGCCUGAAUCCAUUGUGAGGAAGACCUCUGUCGGCCUCCACCGUCAAGCCGACGAGCGCGAUUUCAGGCUCAAGUGUUUCAAGAGGUCGGUCAAUCUAACCCUAAACUCUUUGAUUUGCUAGCAUAAGUUUAUUCAGUUAUGACCAUGGAGUCUCAAGCAGAAGCCCUUAAUCAGCUAACAGCUGAUGAUCUUGAAGGGAAAUGCAAGAAAUUAUAAAAAAGAAAUAGGAGAUGACUUUGUUUCUGUUGAACAUCUUGUUUUGGCAUUCCCUUUGGAUAAGAGGUUUGGAAAGCAAUUGUUCAGCAACUUGCAGUUAAGUGAGAAGUCAUUAAAGGAUGUUGUGCAAGUUGUUCGUGGAAGUCAGAAAGUAACUGAUCAAAUCAAAAUGCAGAAUGAUGAGGUUAUAUGGCAAGUUCUCAGGCAUAAACACUGCAGUUAUAUGGCCAAAAUUACUGUUGGAAUUUUUUGCCGAAAUGAGUACAAUUUAACUGGAAUUUGUAACCGAAGCUCAUGUCCACUAGCCAAUAGUCGUUAUGCAACCAUCUGUGAUCAUGAUGGAGUCUUUUACUCGUAUAUGAAAACCAUAGAGAGAGCUCAUAUGCCAAACAAGCUAUGGGAAAGAGUGAAACUGCCUCGCAAUUACGAAAAAACCCUUGAAAUAAUCGACAAAAAUCUGAUGUAUUGGCCAAAGUUUCUUGUACACAAGGAAAAACAACGGUUGACUAAAAUGACACAGAUGUGUAUACGCAUGAGGAAGCUUGCCCUUAAAACAAGGGAAAAGAUAAUGACAAGUCCAAGAAAAGAAAAGAAGAGAGAAGCUAGAAGAGAGGAAAAGGCUGAAAAGGCAGCAAUAUUGGACAAGAAUAUCGAAAAGGAAUUGCUGGAGCGUUUAAAAAAUGGAACUUAUGAUAGUGAGAUAGUUAAUGCUCGUGCUGAAGCAUUUAAUAAGUUUAUUGAACAAUUUGAGGGACCAGAAAUGGAUGUUAACGAAGAGUACGAGGUGGAAACGGAAUUUGUUGAAGGUGAGUAUGAAGAGGAAGAUGAUAUGGAGGAUUCCAAUGGUCUUCCAACCGAUUCCGAUGAUGAAGAUGAUGAUGAGGUGGCAGUAGGUAGAAAGAGAGGAAGGAAAGAUUCCAAAUAUGCUUUGAAGAAACAGGAGAGAGAUGCUAAGAAGAAGAAAGGAAGAGUACUUGUUGAGGAAUUAGGCAUUAACAAGAUACUAAUUGUUGAUUGGGAUGUUUAUCAUGGAAAUGGUACUCAAAAGACCUUCUAUAAGGACUCCCAAGUGUUGUUCUUCUCUGUACACAGGGAUGAGUAUGAGACUUUUUAUCCCUGUGGUGAUGAUGGAUCAUAUGACAUGAAGGGUGAUGGAGAAGGUGAAGGAUACAAUAUAAAUGUUCCAUGGGAGAAUGGAAAAUGUGGUGAUGCAGAUUAUAUUGCAGCAUGGGACCAUAUACUGAUCCUGUUGCAAGAGAAUUUGAACGUGUUCAAUGUAUAGAGGCGGCCUGAAAACUCCAUCUGCAACUCAAGUACAGCAAAUAACAGAAAGAUUAUCCAGUUUCGGCAACAUACAAGGCAAGAAUGUCUUUUACUGGUUUCAAAAUCGCAAAGCUCGCGAGCGACAAAAGCUUCGGAAGAAGUUCAUGAAUUUGUUCCAGCAACAUCACCUUUAUCCUCCUCAUCAUCAGCCCGGUCUUCCUCUUCAUCACGUUAGUGGACUUGAAGAUGCAUCAAGCUGGAAGGGGGAUCUCCCAUCUGCUCAAACCUGCAAUCUCAUGUGCGAUUGUCGAUUUGUGACUAUGAUGAUGAUGGAUCAUGGUGGUACAGCUCCAUAUUGCACAAGAGUACCACCCAAAACCCUACAACUCUUCCCGGUCACAACCACUAUCUCCGCUGAUCUCAAACAAGACGAUCAGUCCAGCAAUCUCUAGCCCAAUUUUGACUUUGUUAUAUCUUUGUUGAAAGUGUUUAAGACUAUGGUAAUGAAAGAUGAAAAGCAGUUAGGGUAUCGAUCCUAGGGUUAGCUAGGGUUAAUUAGGACUAGGGUUUCAGAAUAAGUUGUGGGUUUCUGUUAUGUCACCAGGUCUUUGCAUGUCAAGGCAUUGAUACUAGUAAUAUAUAUCUAAUAUUAUUGCCUAAUAA